AUGCCUUCCUUUAGAGAAGAAAUGAAGGGAUUUCCCUUGUGGCAAAUGUCAGUGGUGUUGAUGAUCAGGUUUUCCGAGCCGCUUUCCUUCACGUCGCUCUUUCCCUAUGUUUAUUUCAUGGUCAGAGACUUUCAAGUCACCAAAGACCCCACACAAAUCUCCCGUUACACGGGUUACAUGGCCGCGUCUUUUGCGUUUGCGCAAUUCUUGUGUUGCAUCCACUGGGGUCGACUUUCGGACCGCAUAGGAAGAAAGCCUGUCCUAAUGUGUGGUCUUUUAGGUACGGCGUCAUCUAUUCUAUUAUUUGGUUUCUCUACAAACUAUUAUAUGGCACUUUUAGCCCGGACGGCUGCCGGAGCUCUAAAUGGAAACAUUGCUGUGUUGCAAACUAUGGUUGGUGAGAUUACAACCCAGAAAAGACACCAGCUGAUAGCAUUCUCGAUGCUUCCCUUCCUCUGGAAUGUGGGUUGUUUCGUGGGGCCUCUUAUUGGCGGCUCGCGGCAUUUGACGCGACCCAGAAUGGACUCUUCGGUCAAUGCUUCGUCUGGUUACGAUCGUUUUGUCUCUAAACAUCCAUAUGCCAUGUCAAAUGUUGUGGUUGCCCUGUUUUUGGUGACUCUGGCAAUUAUUGGCUUCCUUUUUCUUGAAGAGACCCACUACAAGAGAUGUACACGUUAUGAUCCAGGUCUAGUGCUUGGCGACAGUAUUCGCCGGCGGUUAGGCUAUAAAAUCCCACGCAGACCUUGGGAACCGCAGACCGAGACGGAAGAAAGCGCCGUUGUUGACGAGGUCGACGAAUAUUCACCAUUGAUCACAGAUGCAGCGAACGGCGAUGAAGAGUCCAUUAAUAGCAUGGAUGAACCAGAAGCUUUCUCAAGCACAUUGGAAACCAUCCGUAGAUACUCGUCAGCAUAUUCACUUCAGCCUGACCUUCAGCCUGUUCUUCUGAGAGCCACUACAAUUUCUGUCACCGAGGAAACACGCCACUUGUUUAGAGCCUUCCGCAACAAGAACAUAUUCACAAAGCGAGUUGUUCGCACGAUCAUGGCAUACUUUUGCAUCUCAUUCCACUCACUCAUUUUCACAGAAUUCAUGCCCGUUUUCCUUGCGGGUCUGGUUCAAACGGAGUAUCUCCAUUUCCCAUGGUCUAUCAAGGGAGGCUUUGGGUGGGAUACAGAGCGCAUUGGCCGUAUCUUAUCCACCACAGGCGUAUUGGGGUGUUUUUUCGUCAUUGUCGUGUUUCCAUACUUGGACAAGAAUCUAGGAACUACCAAAGGAUUCAGAUUAGCAACGAGUGUUUUCCCACUUACAUAUACGGCGUUGCCAUUCACAAUCUUUACCAUGACCGCCUAUAAUCCUAACUUGCCUCCAUGGCUCACACAAGCAUGUCUCUACGCAUGCACAGGCGUUACCGUUUUAGGCACAUCAUUGGCAUUCCCACAAGUGUCGAUUUUAGUUUACAAUGCCACCAAUGCAAAAUAUCGAACUUUUGUUAAUUCUUCAGCCAUGAGCGCUACAUCUUUGGCGCGCUUUAUGGCUCCGCUUUUAUGGGGUACACUCAUCUCGUACUUUGAUAAGAAGGCUAUGGGGGCCGUUCCAUGGAUUCUUCUUGCCGCUGUGGGAAGCUGCACUUUCACAAUUGCCAUGAAUCUUGAAGACACAGGAGCAUAA